AAGAUUUUUCUUUCCCAUUCUCCGAAGUCCGAAACUAGGCUUCUAGUCCGAGCCUCGCACGGGACUAGAAGAAAGUUUUCGAUCCUAGGGUUCUUAUUCUGCUGCAACUUUAUUGUUAGCAGAGAGAAAGAAGGUACUCCGAUUGGAAGCUCUGCUAUUUAUUCUACUAGCCACUAGAUAAAUAUUCUGCAUGGCUACAGCGGAGUCUGCCCAAGCUUCCCUUGGUCCACGGUAUGCACCUGAUGAUCCCACCCUUCCGAAACCUUGGAAGGGUUUGAUUGAUGGAAGCACGGGUGUGUUAUAUUACUGGAAUCCUGAAACCAAUGUCACCCAAUAUGAAAAGCCAUCCUCUUUGCCUCCACCAUUGCCAGCUGGCCAGCCUCCUGUUGCUUCUACGCCUAAGUUAGCCUCAAUACCGGUAGCCCAAUCAAUGCCACCAAAUGGUGUGGUGGCUCAGGUUGGGCAGCAGAUAACUCAAGCCCCACAACAGCAGGGGCAACAAGUACAAGUGAGCCAGUUAUCUCAACAGCACAGACAAAUGGUGGCACAACAGCAGAGUUCAAUGGCAGCACAGGUUUCUCCCCAGCAGGGAUCUCAAAUCGCACAAGGUGGACCACAACAAAGUUCGCAACUGGGACAACCCAUGCAUCAGCAAGGGCAGCCAGCACUGACACAGCCGCAGCAAUUAAUGCAACACAUGAUGAUCUACCCGGGUCAACAAAUCCAACAGGCACAGAGUCAGCACAUGCCUCAGCAGCCAGCCCAGCAGUUACCACAAGUUGUUCAACAACUUCCCCAGCAACUUGGGCAACAACCACAGCAUCAAGGCUCUUACAUGACCCAACCACAAACACAUCAAUUUACACACCAGCAACUGCAAUACAUGGCAUAUCAGCAAAGCAUGCUUCCCCAAGGACAUCACAAUUCACAGCAGCAUGCCCAGCAUAGCGCACAAGGGCAGCCAUUUGCAAAUCAACAGGAUUAUCAGGCUGCAUUCCCAAAUAGGGAGGAAGUUGAUUUCCAGAAUGGAAACCAAAUUGGAUUUUCUCCAUCCCAGGUCCAGCAACCUGGUACCUCAUCUGUUCAGAACCUUCCUUCUGGAAGCAACUCGGUUCAGAUGCCACAGAUUUCUGUUCAUCCAGGUCAAGCCCAACAGUAUGGUGGUACUUUGGGGAACAUGCAGCAGCCUCCUAUGGGUCAAUUGCAGCAAACGAGGAUUGAUUUGGCUCACCAGCAACAUGGUCCUAGGUUUCAGAAUCAGAUGGGCCCACCAAUGCUGCAUGGUCAGAAGUCUAAUUUGCCUGCGGUUGGAUCAAAGAUACAUGAGGAUAAUUUGCAUGGUAGAACUGCAAAUGAAUAUUACUAUAAUGCUAACAAGGAAGGGCCUGCUGGUUCCAAGGAUCCCAAGCUUGCAGGGAUACCUAUGGCAAGAAAUCCGCAGGAUAAGUGGAUCAGUGGUGUCCCAUCUCAUAAUGUGAUGCCUGGUCAUACCAGUGGGCCGAAUGCCAUCACAGGGCAUUCCAUUCAUAACUCAUUCGCUCAUUCAACUGGUGGUCCGCCAUUCUCAAAUAAUGCUUUGAUGAGGCCUCCUUUUUUAGGAACUACAGAUGUUUCUAGUCUCACACCUGUUGAAGCUUACUGCCAACAGCACGAAGUCACAGCAACGGGGGACAAUAUUCCAGCACCAUUCAUGACAUUUGAAGCCACUGGUUUCCCUCCAGAGUUAUUGAGAGAGAUAUAUUCUGCUGGUUUCACAUCUCCCACGCCGAUUCAGGCACAGACAUGGCCAAUUGCGCUGCAAAGUAGGGACAUAGUGGCAAUUGCGAAAACAGGUUCUGGAAAAACAUUGGGGUAUUUGGUCCCUGCAUUCAUUCUCCUUAGACAUUGCCGUAAUAAUCCUCAGAAUGGCCCAACAGUUUUAGUUAUGGCUCCAACCCGUGAACUUGCUACACAAAUUCAAGAUGAAGUCAUGAAAUUCGGCCGUUCAUCUGGAGUCUCUUGCACAGUGGGUUCUAAGUGCUCGCCUAUCAUCUUUAUUAUACAAAAAAAUUUCAUUGUAGCUUUGUUUGCUUUAGAGUUUUGGUUCAUCAUGGGACUGAAGCUCAAUUCCUUGUUUCAGUGCCUAUAUGGUGGUGCUCCAAAGGGCCCACAGCUAAAAGAAUUAGAUCGAGGAGCAGAUAUUGUUGUGGCAACUCCUGGUCGUCUCAAUGACAUCCUCGAGAUGAAGAAGGUUGACUUUAGACAAGUUUCCCUUCUUGUGCUUGAUGAGGCUGAUCGAAUGCUUGACAUGGGUUUUGAACCUCAAAUUCGUAAGAUUGUGAAUGAGAUACCCCCACGCAGACAAACGCUUAUGUACACAGCAACUUGGCCUAAAGAAGUAAGAAAGAUAGCAGGCGAUCUUCUUGUUAAUCCUGUUCAGGUUAACAUUGGCAGUGUUGAUGAGCUUGCUGCGAACAAGGCCAUCACUCAGUAUGUUGAGGUAGUCCCACAAAUGGAGAAGCAGAGGCGCUUGGAGCAGAUCCUUAGAGCCCAAGAACGGGGUUCGAAGGUUAUUAUUUUCUGCUCCACGAAGAGGUUGUGUGAUCAGCUUGCACGUAGUAUUGGGCGUAACUUUGGGGCUGCUGCAAUUCAUGGGGACAAGUCUCAGGGUGAGAGAGACUGGGUUUUAAAUCAGUUCCGUAGUGGAAAGUCCCCUAUAUUGGUUGCCACCGAUGUUGCUGCCCGUGGGCUUGACAUCAAAGAUAUAAGGGUGGUGAUCAACUAUGAUUUCCCUACUGGGGUUGAGGACUAUGUCCACCGCAUUGGAAGGACUGGGAGGGCUGGUGCCACUGGAGUGUCAUACACCUUCUUCUCUGAGCAGGACUGGAAAUACGCUGCUGAUUUGAUCAAAGUUCUGGAGGGAGCUAACCAGCAUGUGCCUCCAGAGGUGAGAGAGUUGGCUUUACGUGGUGCACCGAGCUUUGGCAAGGAUCGGGGUGGCAUGAACCAUUUUGAUUCUGGUAGUAGUGGGGCUGGUUAUGGUCGUUAUGAUUCUGUUGGCCGUGGUGGCAUGAGGGAUGGUGGCUUUGGUGGCCGCGGUGGCAUGAGGGAUGGCAACUUGGGUGGACGUGGAGGCAUGAGGGGUGUUGGUUUCGGUGGACGUGGAGGUGUAAGAGAUGGUAGUUUUGGUGGGCAUGGUGGUAGAAGUGAUUUCUUUCCUGGUCGUGGCAACAGGGGACGGGGAUUUGGUGGUCCUGGUGGUACGCAUGUUGGUCGGGGCAGGAAUGAGCGUGGCCCAUAUGAUCGGUACAACAAUAUGGAUGGGCGUGGACGUGGCCGGGGACGGGGAAGAUUUGACAACAGAAGAGACAUUGCCGAUAGGAGUAGAGGCAGAAGUUAUAGCCGUAGCCCUGAAAGAGUUCGAACAUGGGGUAAUAAUCGAAGUCGCAGCAACAGCCGUAGCCGUAGCCGAAGCCGAAGCAGGAGUAGGAGCUGGAGCAGGGGUCGUAGUCAUAGCCGAAGCUGGUCUCGUGGCCGUAAUCGUAGCUACAGCCGCAGCCCUAGCCGCAGCCACAGCCGCAGCCGCAGCCGCAGCCGCAGCUAUGAUAGAUAUGAGAGGUCACAUGAAAAAACUCCAGAUAAACAAGAUCUUACAAUACCUGAAUUUGAGGCUGCUCCUGAAUCAGGGAUGUCUCCUAUGUCCCCAGGUACACAAGGUAAUGUCUCUCCUGGGGCCAAUCUCAUUGCACAGCCACCUGUUGUUGCAAUUACUGACGCACUUCAUCCAGAGGAUGGGUUAGACUCUUGCCAUCAAUCAGGAGCAGAACCUUAAUUGUGAUGCAUUUCUUGGUUUUGGUGUUAGGGACAGUGAUUUCUGGUCUGUAUUUUGUUAAGUGGCUCCCUCGAUCUUUCACUUUUGUUAAGACUGUCUUCCUUUGAUAAAUUUGUUGACAGCAAGUUAGGAAUUGGUAAUAUGUGAUCGUUGUGAUAAGCUGGUCCACUGCUGCUUCCUUGGGUGAUGGCUGUUUUAGGAUAGUUGAGGCUUCUUUCUGGAUAUUGAAUCGUGUUGUGGCUCGUCAAACUCAUUUUUCACCGAUAGGAUGACUUGAGAUUCUAAUCUAGUGAUGCUUAAAAUUAUGUAUUGGAAAGGAUUUUUACUGUGAUUAGGUUAAGGUGUUCAGCGUGGGAUAUUUUUUUCUUUCCUUUCAAUGGCGUUAUGGUUCCUGCCCUGUAAUCUUUUCAUUGUGCACACAUUUACAGCGCAUUGUCAUGAUUAUAUUUGGAAUA